AAAAGAGGCAGCCACCGAUGCGCCCCAUGCUCUCUCUCCGCCCAUAACAAUGUACUGAACUUGUUCACUCUUCACAGGCGCAAGUUCACAACUCGACUCUUGACAACUCACGAAACAAACCGGCCCAUCCGAAAACAUUUCGCAAUUCUGAUCAAGAUGUCUGGCGCUGCCGAAUCUGCGACGAUUCCCAUCACGGUAGACUUCUCUGGCGGCCUCGAGAUGCUCUUUGACAAUCAGCGCCGGCAUACAGUCGCGCUUCCCACCGUUGACCCAAGCGGGAAGCCCGCCACCGUCGCCUUCCUGAUCGACUACCUCUGCAAGAAUCUCAUGAGGGAUCCACGCGCCGAGUUGUUUGUCCUAGACAACCACAUCCGCCCCGGUAUCCUGGUCCUCAUCAACGACGCUGACUGGGAGCUCGAGGGCGAGGAAGCCUACGAGAUCCAGCCGAACGACAACAUCCUGUUUGUCUCGACCCUCCACGGCGGCUGAUCCAAGCGAGCGGCCCCCUGUCGCGAUCCUGGGGGAGCAACGUGCUAGCGUCUUC